AUGCGGGAUACUCCGCUACGAUCUAUUUAUCGACUUUAUGAGUUACACCUCUCUGAUCAUUAUGGCCGAAUAGGCUACGAGACGGAGUACUUCUUCUUUCGUCCAGAUUGGAAGUUGGAAAAUAUCCCCGACCCCAAAGAUCCUGACCCCCUUCGUUACGCAAUCAUCGCUUCCAUCACCGAGGAACUACACGAUGCAGUGAACUGGAGAUUGAGCUUAGGUUUACGGAGAAACGAAGAACAUGUAUAUCGAGAGGAGGAUAGUGACCCGUGGCCGCCGUUUACCCCUGAGAAGCUACCCGCAUGGACCACCGGCGUUGCACCAAUCGACAAGAACCAAUUGAAAGAAGAAGUUCCGCCUGGAAGUCUUGACCAAGCUGGGAAUCUGGUACUCGAGAAGGGUGGCAAAGCAUUCAAUUUCGCAAAACGCAACAUCAUCACAAACAGCGGAUGGCUUUAUACCAUUUAG